GGGUGUUUUCCGGAUUAUUCUCCACCAAUCAAAGCGCAGAAGCAAUGAUACUUCGGACACAACUCCAAUGGUGGUGCGAUUGUUUGUCGGUGGCCUUCCUGGCGAUGUGACCGAAGACGACUUGAGGCAGCGCUUCGGAAAGGUGUCUGGAUGUGCAGUCGAAUCCAUUGACUUGGUCAUGGCCAAGAUAAAGGGCCUCGGUAUCCGGGACUUUGCCUACGUGAACCUCCAUAGCUCAACGCCUGCAACUGAAGUAGCCGCCGUCGCACAAUACAUUCAAACGUAUCACAACACCAAGUGGAAAGGAAAACGUUUGCGCGUGGAAGUGGCGCAGCCCGACUUUAAGGAACGACUUCGAGAAGAAUGGGAUGCGCAAAGCGCCGCUCGCGUCCAAGCUGCGGUUCGACCAUCCCCGGGCGACGCCGUGGCCGUCAAGUCGGCGUAUUCGGGAACCCGCAUUCAAUUCGAAUGACUCAUCGCCGAAUGUUCACUGUAAAUUUAAAAUGUCAUUGAUAACCUAUGCCUCCAUAUUGCCCAAAGCGAGUGUACACAUCCCUGCCUAGUUGAAAUGAUGCUGUACAGUAUCUUGAGCUGAACCAUGGCCUCCUCAUUCCACAUCAGGCUGUACAUGUACCUACGACCAGUAGUUACUUUCCACCCCUUCACGCCCACAUCGCUGUCGGCAGACAUCGUGAAUUUCGCUGCGCCACGACCUUCCGCAUCCCUUCGCCAUUGCGCAAUCAGGUCUCAUUGGGGAUCCUAUACGUAACAUUAUAAACGCACGAGUCGCCUCCUCUUAUUGCAACCACGGAUCUUCACAGCAGAAACAAUGGCCUGUUGCUGGCAUAUUGUCUUUUCGCCAAAUCUAUCGCUCGAUUAUUC